AUGACCUCGGCGCGGGAGACGGCCGGGUCCCCCCCGUUGCAGCCCUCGGGCGGUGGUCGCCGAAGGAAUGUCCUGGACCAGCUCCCGCCGCCCGCCAACUCCAACAAGCCUCUGACCCCCUUCGGCAUCGAGGACAUCCUGGGGCGGCCCCGCGGCGGGAGCCCUCCCGGGCCCGGACCCGCCGUUCUCCCGGCCCGGUUCCCCGAGAAGGCGGCGGGGCCCCGCGGCGGUGGCUGUGCUCCGGCCUCACCGCUCUGCGCGCUGGAGGAGCUCGCCAGCAAAACCUUCCGGGGACUGGAGCUGGGCGUGUUGCAGGCAGCAGAAGGUCGGGACCCUCCGGGUACACCGGGCCCGCGGCCGCCCUGCAAGAAGCGUCGCAAGUCGCGAACGGCGUUCACGGCGCAGCAGCUGCGGGAGCUGGAGGCCCGGUUCCUGAGGCAGAAGUACCUGUCCCCGGCGGAGCGGGACGGGCUGGCUGCGCGGCUGGCGCUCAGCACCGCGCAGGUCAUCACCUGGUUCCAGAACCGGCGGGCCAAGCUCAAGAGGGACCUGGAGGAGCUCCGCGCCGACGUGGCCUCGCUGAGGGCGCUGCCCCCCGCCGCUCUCCGGCAGCUGGCCGCGAUGCCCGACCCCCCCCCGCGCCCACCGCCCACUACUACCCCCCCCGCCACCGGCCCCGCCGAGCUCUCAGAGGAAGAGAUCGACGUGGGGGACUGA